CGCUCGCCGUGUCGACGCCGACCUCUCUGUGUUCAAUCCAGCACCCGAGAAAGCUUAUUCGUGAGCAUGUCCGCCAUGUCCGCUUCCUUCACCGUGGCGCCCGUCCGCCACGCGCAGGCCAUCCGCCGCUCCCGUAAGGCCACCGGCAAGGUCUCCGUCCGUCGCGGAGUCGUCGCCAAGGCGGUCGAGGCUGCGCCCAAGCUCGUGACCACCAAGUCCGAGGCGAUUUUCAAGGCUGCGCAGGACAUCCUCCCCGGCGGCGUGAACUCCCCUGUGCGCGCGUUCAAGUCCGUCGGCGGCGGUCCCAUCGUCUUCGACAAGGUCAAGGAUGCCUACUGCUUCGACGUCGACGGCAACAAGUACGUCGACUACGUCGGCUCCUGGGGUCCCGCCAUCUGCGGUCACUCCAACGAGCAGGUCAACGCGGCGCUCAAGGCGCAGAUUGACAAGGGCUCCUCCUUCGGCGCCCCCUGCGAGCUCGAGAACGUGCUCGGCCAGAUGGUGAUUGACCGCGUCCCCUCCGUCGAGAUGGUUCGCUUCUGCAACUCCGGCACCGAGGCGUGCCUCUCCGUGCUCCGCGUCAUGCGCGCGUACACCGGCAGGGACAAGAUCAUCAAGUUCGAGGGCUGCUACCACGGCCACGCCGAUCCCUUCCUCGUGCAGGCGGGCUCCGGCGUCGCCACCCUCGGCCUCCCCGACUCCCCCGGCGUCCCCAAGGCGGCCACCAACACCACCCUCUGCGCUCCCUACAACGACCUCGAGGCUGUCAAGAAGAUCUUCGAGGAGAACAAGGGCGAGAUCGCUGGUGUGAUUCUCGAGCCCGUCGUCGGCAACUCCGGCUUCAUUGUCCCCGACAAGGAGUUCCUCGAGGGCCUUCGCGAGAUCACCAAGGCUGAGGGCGCUCUCCUCACCUUCGACGAGGUCAUGACCGGAUUCCGCAUCGCCAAGGGCUGCGCGCAGGAGUACUGGGGCGUCACCCCCGACCUCACCACCAUGGGCAAGGUCAUCGGCGGCGGCCUCCCCGUUGGCGCCUACGGUGGCCGCCGCGACAUCAUGGACGUUGUCGCCCCCGCGGGUCCCAUGUACCAGGCCGGUACCCUCUCCGGUAACCCCCUCGCGAUGACCGCGGGUAUCGAGACCCUCAAGAUCCUCGGCGAGCCCGGAUCCUACGAGCACCUCGACAAGAUCACCAAGCGCCUCAUCGAGGGUAUCCUCGAGGCGGGCCGCGAGGCGGGCCACGAGGUGUGCGGCGGCUCCAUCUCCGGUAUGUUCGGCUUCUUCUUCUGCGAGGGCCCCGUGAGGUCCUUCGCGGACGCCACCAAGUCCGACACCGACAAGUUCGCCAGGUGGCACCGCGGCAUGCUCGAGGAGGGUGUCUACCUCGCGCCCUCCCAGUACGAGGCUGGCUUCACCGGCCUUAAGCACACUGAGGAGGACAUCGAUUUCACCAUCGCGGCGGCCAAGCGCGUCAUGGCCCGCAUCUAAGGAGAAAACGCCCGCUGUAGCUCUAUAGAGAGGGAGAGAGAUUGAGAGAGAGAUUCUUUGCUAAACCCACUUGUUAAUAAUACAACCUAAUAAACUACUCGCGUCAUGGUCACGCGAG